AUGGAGCAGGUGGGAAUGCCCAAGAUUCACACCUGCACCACGCCAAGCACCUCUCGAUCUCCAAUUUCUAGACGAGAUUAUGACAUUGCCGAAGAGGAAAAUGCGGCAGACGAAAAUGGGCGGGGGGCGCUCGAUGAUGAUGAUGAUGAUGAUGGAGGCCUAGAACACGACGACCUUGAAGUCCUCGAGCUUCACCAUUUGCACCACGAGCAGGACGGCGAUUCGGACCCCACGGCUCGAUACCUGAGGGCAGACGAUGACGAAGUCGAUGUUCGAGCUCUCGCCCAUGUCUACGCCAACGCCGACGACGAAGGAGAAGGGUACACUGUAGAACAACUCAGCCGAGACGAAGACACCUCUUCGUCGCAAGAAUCGAACCUCGACCUUGCGCGUAGCGGCCCCAUUCCCAUCAACGUUCGUGACCAAUUCGACGACAGCGUGGAUGACGACGACGGCCUGCAGCUCUGCAAUACCUCCUACGAGGCCGAGGUAGAAGAAGACGAAGACGAAGACAAGAACGUAUCAGCCUUCAUCUCUCCAGACGCUUCAGAAGCUGCCCGCCAAGAUGAAACCGCAGCAGAAGAUGAGGGUGGAAGCCGCGGCGAGACGACGCGUAGCAUCAUGGCCCGCCUCGCCAUCAAGCUGGGCAAGCAGCCCGACGACGUCCUCCCCUUCACCCUCCAGCUCGAGAAGGAGUGGCUCCUGACCCGCCAGCAGCUGCGCACGACCCUCGCCAGCGACGACGACGCCGUCUUCCACCGCCUCCAGUUCCCGCUGGGCCUCGUCUUCGCGCUCAAGGAGGAGCUGGGCAUCACCGAGGGCGACGUGCCCAACAUGCUCAAGUACAAGGUGCUCAAGAAGCAGAUCGAGCAGAAGCAACUUCGCGCUGGCAGCGGCAACGGCGGCGGCGCCGGCGGCGACACGGUGGACAAGGACGGCAGCCCGGGCGGCGGACGCCCGGGCGGCAGCGUGGCGGGCCGCAAGCGCAAGCGGCUCACGGUGGCGGACUGGCGGGAGAAGGUGGAGCGAUUCGCGCUGGACACCCAGCACGCCCCGAGUCCCUUCCGUGCCACCUCCAUCUUCCAAGUGGAGUGUUUCUGUUGCGGCUAUGCCGUCAACAUGAACAAACCAGGCCAAUUGUAUUAUUUGAGGAGGCACGUGGAGGGCGUGCGGCCGGACAUACGGAUGAGCAAUCACACCAAGAACUAUCGGCGCUGGCAGAGACAAUACCAGGCGGGCGUCAACAUGGACGAGCUGCCGCCACUGCCACGAGAGCCGAAGAAGCAACGAACAGCACAGAGUACCGCGGGCAACGAGGAGGCCAACGAUGAGGGGCUGGAGCGGGCCGAGUUCAGCGCCGGCGCUGACGAGGAGGAGCACAGCGAACGCGAGACCUCACCCACGUCCUCCUCGUCGUCGAUCCCCACCUACGCCCCCGCUGCGCACCCGGAGCCCGGCGAUGGCCACGGCUCCCCGGGGAGCGCCGUCCCCUCUGGUGCCGAGCUCGACCUGGUCGACCUGGCUCACCUCCAGCACCACGGCGACCACCACCAGCCGCUUCCGCCGCAUCGUCACCAUCUCACGCAGGUGGCGAUGGAGCACAACCCGCACUCGUUCCACAACACGAUCAUCUCGGCGCCGCUGCCGUCGCUAGUGACCCACGCCGCGCCGCACUCCAUGAGCCACCUGCUCUCGCCGCACCAUCAGCACCACCUCAACUCCUCGCCGCCCCAGCCCGCGCUCUUGCCUCUUCUCCACAACCUCCAGCCGCACCAACAUCAACAUCACCAGCAUCACCAGCAUCAACGUCAUCCGCCUCAGCAUCAUCACCACCACCAGCUCCUCCACAGCGACAUGGCCGUCAUCAUGAGCGCUGGCAACGGCUACUCCUUGCCACCACUCCUCUCCACUACACAACAUCAUCACCACCACCAACAGCCACACCACCAGCCCCCACUGGACAAGGACUCCUCGUUGUAG